GACUCGUCUGUACUGCUCUCUCUCUCUUUCUCUCUCUCUCUCUGCACAGAGCUCUCUUUCUUGAAUUCUCACGUUCACGUACUCCCUUAGCCUUUCCAACUCUCUCGCUCUUCACUCUGCUGAAAACACGGUGGUUUCCGGCGAACGCCGACCUCUCGACUGCUCUCUCCCUCACGAGCUCACCUGCGAGACUCCCUGCCCCAGCCUCAAGCUCUACUUCCUCAUUGGAAUCCUCAGCCUCUCCGCGCUCUCCAUCGCUCUCCUCGUAUACCUCUGCGUCCUUCUCAGUCGGACCUCAAAGAAGCGUGAAGUGCCAGCAAAAUGGACGAAUUCUCGGGGAUCAGUUGGACCUUCCUACGAGGUUUUUCUAAGUUUUCAUGGACGAGACACUCGUCAUGGAUUUACCGAUUUUCUUUACCAUGGCAUGGUGGAGACUGGGAUCCUCGUCUUUAGGGAUAAUGAAUCCCUCCAUGUUGGUCAAAGAAUUGGUGAUGAACUUCUACAAGCAAUCCAAAACUCCAAGAUCUAUGUUCCCAUAUUCUCCAAGAAUUAUGCAUCGAGUCACUGGUGCCUCCGAGAGCUUGCAUUUAUAGUUGAGUGCACCUCCAAAUCGAAUGGGAAUAAAGAGAUUUUGCCAUUUUCUUGGAUGUGGAGCCUGACGAUGUCAAGCUCAAAACAGACUUAUAAAGCAAAGCUCUUUCAGCGCACCAGAAAAAGUUCGGUACUGAAGUUGAAUCAUGGAAAAAAGCUCUCAUUGAAGUGGACGAGAUAAAGGGAUGGAACCGGAGGAAAGAUGAAGGGCAGGUAGAUCUGACACGAGACAUAAUUAAAAUUGUGCUGGAUAAGCUGAAUAUGGGAAAUAAAAACAUUGUUUCUGAAGAUCUAGUUGGAGUUGAUGAUCGUGCGGAAGCUAUAAUCAAAAUGUUGGAUUUGAGAUCUAGUAGUGUACAAUUUCUCGGAAUCCACGGAAUGGGCGGAAUUGACAAAACAACACUUGCCAAUGUCAUUUUCAACAGCCUGUCUUCUCACUUUAAAGAUUGUUAUUUCCUUCAAGAUGUCCGAGAGUUGUCACAACACCAUGGACUGGUAUAUUUGCAAAAACAAUUGCUAUCCAACUUUCAUUUGAACCUCAACAAGAUUCAUCACGUUGAUGAGGGGAUCGACAAGAUUAAGAGAGUUUUUGGCAAUAAAAAAGUUCUCAUUGUUUUGGAUGACGUGGAUGAGAAAGAGCAACUCAAAUGUCUAGCAAAAGAAGGCGAUUGGUUCGGUUCUGGUAGUAGGAUUAUCAUAACUACUAGGGACCAAAGGGUCUUAAGGAUUGUGGGAGAAGCAAUAGGUGAAGGCCAUGUAAAAAAGUCUACAAAAGUUUUGACUUACGAAGUAUGUGAACUGGAAUUUCAAGAUGCUCUUAAGCUUUUCAGUAAGCAUGCCUUUAGAAGGGACUCUCCACCAGAUCAUUUUGGCUCCCUUUCAAAUGAGAUUGUCUCCACUUUGGGAAUGCUUCCUUUAGCCCUUGAGGUUACAGGUUCAUCCCUUAACAAUGAACCCAAAGAAUUCUGGCAAGCCACAUUGAAAAAGCUAAAAGAUGCUCCUCCUGAUGAAGUCCAAAGUAAAUUGAUGAUAUCUUAUGAUAAGUUAGAUAAUAAAAAAAAAAGCAAGGAAAUUGUACGUCAAGAGAACAAAGAUCCCAACAAGCGUAGUAGAGUGUGGAAUUGUGAGGAAGUCUGGAACAUUCUGAAGCAAAAAGAGGUCGAUCGAAAGGAUGCCAGACCUAUCGAAAUUGAGGAAGCUAAGAGAGCUUCCAGUAGGAACAUGUCUGAAGCUAAGAAGCAUGGAAGGUCGUUGGAGAGUUUGGUGGACACCUCGAAUUUGAAUUUAGAAUGUUGCCUGAUUGUUCGUUGCAAGCGGUUGCUUGAUCGUCGCAAUUAUUGUAAACGUGGCUGGGGUUGCUAUUGUGAGAUGCUUUUCGAGGGGCUGUGGAAAUCUGACCCGAUGGAAGUCCAGCAAGUAUUACAGGGACACUCGGAUGUUGCACUAGCUUUCUCCUGGACAAAUAUUGGUGAUGAAGCUUAG